AUGGCAUCAAUAUCACCACCACUUUCCUUUUGCACUAAAAAGGUUAAAAGCAACACUACACAAUGUUCAAAAGACUAUAGGUGUCUACCAGAGAUCUUCCCAUCGGAUCUCGGUCACGUCUUGAAUACACAAGAGUACAGUAGAAUAAUAGACUCUUACAAUCACCUAUUAAGGGUUAGAAUGGGACCUAUUCUAGGUCUCUUGGGUGUUCAGAUGAUAUUUGUAAUUGGUUUAAUCAUCUUUCCUCGGAUCAACGUUAGUUUUACUUAUGCUAGUAUUGGAAUCAUUCUAUUUUGUUCAGUUAUCACUGUCGUAUACUUGCUUGUUAAAUUCUUCCAAAUGAGAAGUGGUCUAAGUAGGUUAUCUGACGAUUUCAAUAUGACGUUUGCACCAAGAGGUGUAUCAUUCGAGAUGACUAAAAAUUUAAAGUAUGGAAAGUAUAGAUUUACUCUACGUAUUAGAUACCCUGUUUAUGCAAUGAUUGCAUUACCACCCAAUCAAAUGGGCUAUGCUGUCUACAACACAAUACAACAACAACAACAACCAUCAUAUGGUGGUGGUAUUGGUGGAGGAAGUGUAUUUACUCCACAAUACUAUCAAGGUAAUGGUAGUGGUCAAGGUGUACCUGAAACUUACUCAUUACUUGGUCACAACAAUAAUAAUAAUAAUAAUAAUAACAACAAUAACCGUCUUCAUGAUACUCCAUUACCACCAUCCUCCAACUUGGAAAUUUCCAUUGACCAUAAUAAUAUCUAA